AUGGACAAUCUAACUACAGUCAAGGCGAUCAGUUCUGGUGGAGGAGCCGGAGGAAGUAGCAAAGGUGAUCUUUCUCCAGGUGCAAGUGGGUCUAGUGGAAGAGCUGCAUCAGGAGGCUCUGGUGGCACAAGCAGUUCAGUUUUGAUCACAUCCAGCAGCUCCUGUUCCAACAGUUUCGGAGGAUCCGGAGCAAGCAAGGGUACCGGAGGCAUCAGCAUCACUACUGUAGGAGCAUCCUCUGCUGUAUCCUCAGGUGGAGGGAGUUCAGCAGCUUCUGGAGGCUCCGGGGCAGGGGCAAGGACAGGGUUUAGGGCUGCUGGAGGGGAGUCCUCUAACAUGUCCUCUAGUUUUGCAAUCGGCGGCAGAGAAGGAAAAAGGGAGGGGGGUCUGGGUGCUGUGACAGUUUCCACAGUGACCAAGACCAGCUACAGUUCAGGUGGAUCCGGGGAAGCAAAGAGAGGAUCGUCCUCUGUUAUCACUUAUUCACCUGCUCCAAAAGAGAGGAAGAGCAUGACCACCAUGACAGCAUCUCUCUCAGAUGUCUUUGAUGAAAGUUCAAGCACAAACUCUUCUCCAGAGUAUAACAGGAAGGAGUAUGGCGGUUCAAUUGCAACUUCAACUUCUGCCACCAGAGGGAGAUCUCAGAGCAGAGAGAGUGAGAUCAGAGCCAGACUCCAGAGUGCUUCUCCUACAGCAAGUUGGACGGAGCUGGAUGACGUGAAGCGUCUGCUGAGAGGAAACAGCUCCACCAGCACCAGCCCCAUUCAGUCCCCCACCAACACCCUGCCCAUCCCCAAGAAGGACAGCGUGGAAACUAGGACCUUGUCUGAGAGCUCCACCAUAGACCACUAUGGCAGCAUUUGGUCUGGAGGUGUGAGCAGUAGAUACAGUUACAAUACCAACCCCAACAACUUGUCCACUACCUCCACCCUUUAUCAACUCUGUUCUGUUCCGUCAUGUCCAGGAGUUCAGAACAACCUGACACUCAGUUCUCCCUCUGUGAACAGUGGACUCUCUGUGAGCAGCACUGUUCCAGUGUAUGGUGUUCAGAAUAAUCUGGCUAGUACCAGUCACGUUGUCCUCUCUCCCACUGGAACCAACACACAAAUAGUUUAUGGUGUGCAGAAAAAUGUACCAGGCACUGGAAUGAGCACAACCACGGUGAGGCCCAGCAGUCCCAUUUAUGACGACGCCUCAGGCAAAGACGUUAAGUUUGUGCUGAUAGAAAAGGAGAAUGCUCCUGUCAAGAAGGCGACAGAGAGACUGGUCGUUACCAAAGACACAGGAAAGCACUUCAUGUCUGCUGCACCUGCUAGUACUUCUGCGACCUACCCUGAGGACUCACUGAAGAGAGAGAAACAGAAUCUAUCAACCAGCACAAUGGAAGAAGGAACAGAUAUUAAAUCUUCAACCAUGAAAGGUGCCACAAAAGACAAAGCCACAUAUGCAGAUGAAUCAGGCUUUGGCUUCUGCUCCUGCUGUAGCUGGUGGAAGUGGCUGCUGGGCCUCCUGCUCAGCCUGCUCUUCCUCCUUGGACUUCUCUUCGGACUCAUCGCUUUGGGUGAGGAAGUGAAACGCCUCAAGAACCGUGUUGAUGCUUUAGAAGCCAUCACUGGCACUGCCUCAGCCAGGUCCAGUCGCUUGUCAGCCUCUUCAGGCAUCAAUAUCAUCGACCCACUGGAUUCGUCCUACCUUGACAGGAGUUCCUCUGGGUCCACCCUGACCCGCUCUGAUAAUGCAAUCAACUUGGGGGCCGCUGGGCCAGGAGGAGGCUCAGGGAGCGGACUGGGACAGGACAAUGCUGCCCUGCAGAGAGUCGUUCAGCAGCUGGUCAGGGCUGAGCUCCGCUCAGAUGCUUUAAGAGAAACACUUGUAUACUCUCUAAAAGGAGAGAGAGGAGAGCCAGGACCUAAAGGGGAUCCAGGGGCACUAGGACAAAAAGGUGAUAGCGGCUUUCCGGGCCUGCCAGGUCCUCCUGGGCAGAUGGGUCACCCAGGAUUGGAUGGACCAAGGGGACCAAAGGGAGGUUCAGGUGAACCAGGUCCUGAGGGACCACCAGGACAGAGGGGUCGAGAAGGGCCGAUGGGCCCCCGUGGAGAGAGUGGACCUCCUGGUUUUGGAGAGAAAGGAGUCAAAGGAUCUCAAGGUGAGCCAGGACGUCCUGGUCCUGCUGGUGCUGCUGGAGCUGUGGGGCCAAAAGGUGCCACAGGAGAGCCUGGUGUCUCAGGAAACCCUGGCGUUCCUGGUCCAAAGGGUUUCCAGGGUGAAGCAGGAGCUCCAGGAGCAAAAGGUGACCGAGGAACUCCAGGACCGCCAGGAACCAAAGGAGAACAGGGAGAGAGGGGACCACGUGGACUCACAGGUGAACCAGGACAACCGGGAACACAAGGCCCUGCUGGACCGAAGGGAUCUAAAGGAAUUGCAGGUGACACAGGUUUGAUGGGAAUUCCUGGUGUGAGAGGACCACCUGGACUUCCUGGAGAUGUCGGUCCUCCAGGCACCCCUGGGCUUCAAGGACCCCCGGGUAUUGCAGGAAAUCCAGGACAGCCUGGUAGUAAAGGUGAACCUGGUUCGCCUGGUAAAGUCAUCACUCCUAUUGGCUCUGAUACUGUGGCCAUCCCUGGACCUCCAGGGCCCACUGGGCCUCCAGGCCCUGCUGGAUCCCCUGGUUUGUCUGGUCCCAUUGGCCCUGCUGGUGUCCCAGGACAACCUGGGGAGAAAGGAGAAAAAGGAGAAAAGGGAGAGAGGGGAGAGCAAGGAAAACCUGGCGAACCUGGCAGCAGACUCCCCGGUCCACCAGGACCACCAGGUCCACCUGGAGCACCUGGUGUUCAGGGUCCUCCUGGUGAGACUAAACAAGGUCCUCCAGGACGCAGAGGUCCUCCAGGAGAGCCAGGUGUUGGUUUACCUGGACCCCAAGGAGAGAAAGGCGAACCUGGCAGCUUUGUGCCUACAUCAGAGACCUUCUUUGCUGGACCACCAGGUCUUCCAGGACCCCCAGGCCCACAAGGACCACAAGGGUACCAAGGUGAACCAGGCCAACCAGGUCUUCCAGGAAGUCCAGGGGAAACUGGUGUUGGUCAGCCUGGACCUAGGGGGCCUCAGGGACCAGUGGGCCCAAGUGGCCCUCAAGGUCUACCAGGCCCACAGGGGCCAGAGGAGCCACAAGGACGUAAAGGUGAUGCAGGAGAGCCUGGUGUCACAGGCAUCCCAGGAGUAUCUAGUGUACCAGGCAGUUCAUUCAGUCCUGGCCCUCCAGGCCCACCUGGACCACCUGGUCCACCUGGAAGAGAUGGAAGUGGGAUUGGAUCAACUGAUGUGGGCCAGUACAUUGCAGAGUACCUUCAGAGUGGUAGCAUCAGGGAGUACCUAGUUGGACCUCCUGGGCCUCCUGGUAUUCCAGGAGCCCCAGGGACAGCAGGGGAUGAGCUGGUGAACGAUUUGGCCAACCGAGUCAUCACCUACAUCCAGAGUUCAGGUAGAGGAUAUGAUGGGACUCCUGGCCCCCCUGGUCCUCCAGGUCCAACUGGUUCCACCUCUGUCAGUGACAUCAUCGACCUGUUACAACGGGAGGAGGUGAGGAGAUAUGUUGCUGGUCCUCCUGGGCCACCAGGACCUCCAGGAGCUCCAGGCCUUGGCAGCUACAGAUUUAACACCCAGGAGGUGGCUGAACGAGUCCUCAGUCUCAUGAAUGAGAGGGGGAUGGUAGGUGUCCCUGGACCCCCUGGACCUCCUGGGCCUCCUGGUCUUCCUGGAAACUUGUUAUCAACAGGGUAUCAAGCACUUGUGGGCCCUCAGGGGCCUCCUGGUCCUCCAGGUGUUCCUGGUUCACAAGGACCACGUGGAAAGGCCGGACCACCUGGCCCCCCGGGAUCUGGGAACUACAUCAGCUCAGACAUUCAUGACUACCUGCAAAGUGUUGCCUUCAGAGGCCCUCCAGGCCCUCCAGGCCCCCCUGGUCCCCCUGGACCUGAGGGCCCUCGUGGUGCAAUCCGUGGACUGGUUUCCUAUAGUGAGCAUGCCAACAGAGAGUCACUCACAGCAGAACAACAAGAAUAUGUAAAGAGUGAGUUUAAUGAUGGUGUGAGAGGAGGUAUGUUUGGACUGCCAGGCCCUCCUGGACCCCCAGGACACAAGGGAGAACCAGGUGUGCCUGGCACCAGAGACUGGAACCUGGACACUGGUGACUACUCCAGUAUGGCUGUCAGAGUAACUGAUUACAUCAAAUCUCGCGGUGUGCUGCAUGACAUUGUGAGGGAGUACAACAGUCGCAUCUCCAAAGGACCUCCAGGACCGCCCGGGCCCCCAGGUCCCCCAGGAUACAGCCGAUGGUUUGGUUCACGUGAAAAUGCCACAGAAUUGCUGGAAUACAUGAAAUCGCACGGUCUGCUUCAUGACAUCCAGCGGAAUCAUGAUGAACGCGUCAUCCAAGGACCACCUGGACCACCUGGUCCUCCAGGUCCACCAGGAUACAGCCGAUUGUUUGGUUCCCAAGCAAAUGUCACUGAUUUAGUGGAAUAUAUAAAAACACAUGGAGCCAUUGUAGGACCACCUGGGAGACCGGGACAGAAAGGGGACAUGGGAUUUCCAGGCCUAAAAGGAGAGAAAGGUGAACGGGGCCUUCCGUGGCUUGAGGGACACAAAGAACAAAAGGGUGAAAGAGGAGAAUUCAUAAUGACUAAAAGAAGGAAGGGGAAUGGCGGUGUUUGAGAGCCAGGCUACUGGCAUAGGGGCCGUUAAAUCAAAUCUGCACU